GCAUUUUCGUUCCAAUUCAGUAAAGUUUGUGUGGCAUACAUAAUGUCCGACAGCCAGAAAAAGGUUGGUAAUAUUUUGUCCAACAUAAGCCCUCCCUCGGAGUUGCCGAGCUUCGUUACGACAGCUGCUGUCUCGCAACCAUCUGGUGUCACCGUCGAUACUACGCAACAGCAAUCGACAAUGGAGGAAGAGCAAUCUUCUAGACGAGAUCCUGAAUCGGACCCGUUCAUACCAACCACAUUUAGUCCGGCAAUACCGUCCAACAAGGACACCUCGACUAUGGCAGGGGGAGAGUCGGACUGCACAGAGACGGCAGGCAGUACCGCAAGGACGAGCAAGGAUUUCGCCAGCAUGGUUCUGAAUCCCGACCCACUGGCAGAUGCUUUGAGCCCAAUUACGCAGGGUGGGUCGGCUUUGUUCGGCUGGAUGAAGGGAGCCGUUAGUAAUAAUGGCAUUCUGCAGAAGGUAGCGGAAAAGGCCAAGAGCUCGGUCGAUACGAUUGUCACCACGCUGGAUCCUCAGAUGAAGGAGUAUAUCAAUUCUGGUGGCGAUACUGAGGUGAUUGUAGCGUCAGACAAGGACGAUAAGGUUCGACCCAUAAGGGAAGCAUUUCAAACGGUUUUUGGCAAAGCUACUGUAAUAGGCCUAUCCACUCAAACAGCAGGCAUCGCUGCUCAACCGGUGGGAUUUGCAGCCGGGCUUAAGGGAGCAGAGCAGAGAAUCAAUAGCAUUCGAGCGGAGAAUCCUAGGGUGGAUGAUCAUCUACCUGUCGUAGCAGUUGAAAGCUUUUUGGUUGAGCUCUUCCCAGAUCAAUGGUUCGACGCAGGUGUAAUCGUACUGUUUGAUUAUGCUAAAAAUAUCCUACUGAAAACGGUCACCCAGAUGACACCGAUUCCACUGCCUAUCGUCACUUCAAUUCGGGCUGAUACGCCUGAGGACUAUGAGCUGAAAGAUACAGGAUUUGCCAUUACGGUUGGCAGUGUAAUGGCAAAGAAUUUAAAUACACCGCACACGGAGUGGCACAAAACGUAUACAUCGGUGAGUCGUUCGGAGAUGAUCCUGAGUGCGGCCAAAACGGUUGCCACACUUUACAAGCAAGCUGUGGCAGAAUACGCAAGCACCCUAGGCAUCGCGAUGGACCCCAGCGAAUAAGGUUUGCUGAAAGCCAGCAUAUCAACUGGGUGUAGAUGCGGACACUACUAGUGGGAAUGCUGGUUUGUAUUAGAGAAUUAUUUCAUCCCUCUUCGCAGAUGAGUUUCGAUAGGAAAAGACGAUUAGACUACGACGGGCGCUGUUAACGUUGGCAACAGAACGCGCUACUACAAUACGGGGGGACUACAGCACUAUUAUGCAUUGUUAGAGUUUACGAUUUGCUUGACUCCACACACACACAAACACACUCAAACGGAGACGUGUAUUACCGAGAGAGGGAGCAUAAUAUAUACCUACCUACCAUUAAUUAAUUCUUCAAUCGUAAGAUGAAUAUCAUUUUUAUUACUGUUAGGUUAUUCUAAAAUUAUCAAAAUAAUAAAGUAAUCGAGUAUUAUGUA